UCGUGUCGACGAUUGAUAACUGUUUGUAGUUUCUGUUUAGCGCUUUUAUGAGAGACAGUGAAGUAUAGUUCUAGAGUUCAUGUGUGGGCUAUACUCGGAAUCUCUUAAAGUCCACAAGGAUUCCCCGCGCUGCACUCUAUUCAGAUAUUAACCGAGUUACAGGCAACAUUACAAUCAAAAGGUGACAUCCUGACUCGGGCACAAUGAACCUCUUCAACGGUUUUAACCCCAGCACCCCAGCCGACAUCGGUAAGGCCUUGUUAUCGGUGAUCGUCGCUGCGUCUGUCAUUGCCACCACUUCUGCCCGUCUGCUGCCUGUGUCCGUUGAACUGGACGACGAUGAGGGUCGUAGUCGCUUUCGACGAGCGGAUGGAGACAACACGACCACCGAAAUGCCUUCAGAUCUAGAUCUGGGUGACGGCACCACUCCCAACCUGAAGGAAAUCUUCCUCGGUCGAUGUUACGAAUGUGAAUUUUGCACCGAAGAACCAAAAGAAGCUUACGAUUGUUUGGCAUUAUGGAACGCCUUCAAUUCGAGUUUUGCAUACAAGGAACCGUGUACCAGCGUGCCAGAAGAUUUUGACGCCUACGUUAACAUGGUUUUUAUGCCCCUUCCCGAGGAUCAGACUCUGUUCUAUUCAGGAAUGUACAGUAUGGCGAUGUCUAUAGGCAGGCAGUCCUCUGAUUACACCAACAUCGAACUGACGAUGCUCGGGAGAGUUGUGGACGGAAACGUCUUCUGCAGUAUGGCCGAAGCACCAGGGAUAAAUUACGGGGCAUGUCCGAAGUUUGGCAGUUGCGCGAACGAAACUCAAGCGGCAUUCUGGGGAAAGUCGUCAAAACAUUUUGCGGGUGGGGCAAGUGGUGACGUCACUGUUAUACUGGAUGGAAGCAGGCCAGAUGGAGCGUAUCGAUCGACAAGUUUCUUUAGGACUGCUGAGGUGGCUAAUCUUGAUCCAGCUAAAGUGACGUCAUUGACGGCUUACAUCGUUCAUAACCUGGAUGGGACUGUGACAGAGAAAUGCGUUACAGGUUCUUUGUUGGAGUUACAAGAGGAUAUAACUUCUAAAGGAAUAUCAUUUAAUUGUAUCGACGACCCAAGCAUUACACGUCAUGUACAAUGCAUCCAGGACCCAGGACAUGAUCUUUGUCGACCAUACUCCGGCUCGGCCCCCACGAAUUUCGCCUCACCUAUAUUUGUAAUUCUAGCAUAUCAACUUGUUUCAUUAUUGACGCGGUAAUUUUUCUUUAUAGGAAAGGGAAAGGGGGUGAUAAAUUUGAGGUUUGUGCAAAAAGGGGAAAAUUUGAAAUUGACUUAAUUGUAUUCAUUUCGUAUCGUGUUGUCUCUAGAUUACCAAUGAGUUUCUUUAAAGGAGAAAUGUAUUGAUUAUGAAUGUGGUCUUAUUAUAUAUCAAUGGAAAGGUA